AUGGUGUCCGAUAAUAAACUGGCUAUAGAUUUUGAAAGACGAUCCAAAGCCGCUUGCGUCCGGUGCCGCAAAAGGAAGACGAAAUGUACUGGAGAAUUCCCGUGUUCUGCUUGUGUCCAAACUAAGUCAGAAUGUGUAUACCCCAGAAAACCAAAAAGAAUCAGUGUUCUUGAUACCGAACUCGAAUCUCUACACAAGAAAGUGAAACGGUUAGAAGAAGAUCUUAAACUUGAAAAACUCCUCCAUCUGGAUCCUGAUCCAUCGCAAAAGAACUGGAAGUUGUCAGUGUUGUUAAACUCUCCGUCUUGUGAACUAAUCUGUUGGAAUUUAAUCAACUUCAUGAAAAGCACAGAUGAAGACAUAACCAUAUCACCAGAUUUUAAUUUCUUCAUCGAAGAGGAUACUUACGAUUCUGUGUUGUCUCAGCAGGCUGCACUAGGGCGUUCUCCGUGGGAGGUUGUGCAGGUUUUAUCGGAAAUAUCUUUGUUUGAAGUUGAAAGCUGUUUGAAAAAGACCUCCCAAUUUAUGAACACCGGUUACAUGACGAUAAACCCAGUAGAAUUCAGAAACCAGUUACAAUACUAUUACUCGCCAGAUGGAGUCUUUACCUACCGCAAGGUAGAUAGUGUGGAUUACUUUUUGUUGAAGGUGUUGAUGAUUGUGGCCUUGGGAAAUGUUUAUGAUGAGAAGAACUGUUUAUCCCCAGGGAUGCCCAAAGUUGAACUACCAGGAUUGAAAUACUUUAAGGUUGUGUCUAACAACUUACCUUCCAACUUCCAGCUCAUUACCUUUGAAAAAAAGAACAUCUCCAGUAUUUUCGAGGUAAUUGAGUUGUUCGGGGUAGUGUCCAUCUACUGCCGAAUCCUUGAUAAGAAGUCAGCUUCUUGUUUUUUCACCUUAACGGCCUUACAACUUUGUGUUUCUAUUAACUUACACAAGGACACAUUCUUGAGUAGGACGAAUAAAAGAGGAUUAGACUUACUACCAAACAACAACUCCAGAGCCAUUUUUUGGUCCACCUAUUGUCUAAACAGAUUCUACAGUACUCGAAUUGGACAUCCCCUACUUUUAUCCUUCAAGGAUGUCAACGUACAGUUUGAGAAGGACUAUGGAAGUAGUGAUGGGACUAAUAAGAACUUCUACGAGACAAAUGACGACAUAAAACACUAUAUCAAGUUGGCCCAGAUCUCUGAACUUAUCAAUGUGGAUGUUUACAAUAACAAGAGAAAGUCCCUGGAGUAUAUCAGCACUUUGUUUUCGAUACUUUCACUUCUUAAAGAUUGGAGUGAGAAUCUACCUCCACAUUUGCAACUUGAUGGAAACCUCUCGUUAUCUGCGCCAUAUUCAAGAGCUCUUUCAAGUCUACAUUUGAAUCAUUUACACCAUGUGUAUCUCACAUGUAUUCCUAUUCUGUUGCAUUUAGCAAAGUUGAAGAUAUCUCAUUACAACAAGACUGGGAGGUUGAGAAAGCUCGAAUUGAGUUCAUUACCUUUAAAUGUCCAAAACUUGCUUAUCUACUGCCAGCAAUCUUGUCAGCAGACGGUGAACAUCUUCAAGCUGCUUUACGAAAAGAAACUAGUGACGGUGUUUGGCUUUACUGAUAUUGAUUAUCUCUUCUCUGUGAGUGCCAUCUCCAUCAUUUGUGUGAUUUUAGACUACGAAAGAGAUGACCGAACUCCAGCUAGCUUUGAAGAUAACUUUAAAACGUGUACCAAAAUCUUAUCAGAUAUGGGGGAGCUGGGUAACCGCAUAGCUGAAGCUAAGCUCAAUCAGAUCACUAGACUUGUUGAAGUUUUGGAUCCAAUUUUAUCUCAACUCGAGUAUAGUUUAGACAAAACAAGCGAAGUCCCCGUUUUUGACCCCACCGAAAGUAACGAAAUGUUCAGCUUUGUGGAUGUGUCGCAAGAUAUGGACCAGCUUUUCAAGCUUACAGAUGCUGACUUGAGUUUCAUGGAAGCUUUGCUUAACGAAUACGACACUAUAUUGAAAUAG